CCCGAAUCGCAUUACACCUUUUGGUGUUGGCUGUACUUUGUAUGAAUAACCCAGAGUCACUGUAUCACGAAACAGCAUGUGGAUGCCAUUAGCCAUGACCCGCGGAAAGCAACGGCUGCUAUUGAUAUACUGUUGUUUCUUUUGGCAGUUACUCAUUUAUGGGUAUGUACGCAUAAGUCAAAACACUCCUUGUAAUAUCCAGUAUCCUGAUCUUGUCCGUUCCAGAGCACUCCGCAUGCAACGCCAUCAUGAAAGGAACAAAUACGAAGGAACAGAAGAAAAUCAUAGGGCAUCACGAAAAAUAAAGUAGAGAUACUGGGGGAAGCCGAGUGCAGGCAUGGCCAGUGGAUAGUCGGGCGAGGCUUAAAGACCGUGCACC